GUUAUAACCUAAUGCAAUAGUAAAAAGUGAGAGAAGAAGUCUCACUUAGCGUGUUAUCAAUUUAUAGAAGCCAUGGCGGAUCAUAGAGACGGACCAUUGAUGAGGGACAAGAGCAAGGAAAACGUCCAAUGUCAAAUCACCUUAGCCAUUGUGAUCGGAAUUGUUCUUGGUUGUGUCUUUGCCUUCUUGUACCCUUACGAACUCUUCACCUACUAUUCACCUUUCCAAGACCAGCCAUUCGGUAAAACAAAUCUCAAGGCUGGUUCAUCCUCAUGUGAAUCAUCAGAACGGAUUGGCGUGUUGAAGUUAGAAAUUGCAUCAUUGUCGGAGAAGAAUGCUGAGUUGAAUAUUAAGCUCAAGUUUCUCAGGAAACAGCUUAGGCUGGCUGAACAAGGAAGAGAUUAUGCACAGAAGCAGGUUAUGGCUUUGGGUGAAAAUCACAAGGCUGGGCCCUUCAAUACUGUCAAGGGUUUGAGAACUAACCCAACAGUUUUUCCUGAUGAAUCUGUGAAUCCAAGAUUAGCAAAGAUCUUGGAAGAAGUUGCUGUUCAUAAAGAAAUUAUAGUUGCAAUUGCAAACUCAAAAGUGCAAAGCAUGUUGGAGGUCUGGUUUACUAGCAUCAAGAAGGUGGGUAUUCCUAAUCAUCUAGUUGUAGCAUUAGAUGACCAUAUUGAAAGUAUAUGCAAAUCUAAUGGCGUUCCAGUCUACAAGAGAGACCCAGAUGAGGGUAUUGAUUCAAUUGGAAAAACAGGAGAUAACCAUGCUGUGUCUGGACUGAAAUUUCGCAUUUUGAGAGAGUUUUUACAACUGGGAUACAGUGUUCUUGUCUCAGAUGUUGAUAUAGUGUACUUGCAAAACCCAUUUGAUUAUCUUUAUAGGGAUUCGGAUGUGGAAUCCAUGUCUGAUGGUUACAAUAAUAAGACAGCUUAUGGGUUUGAUGAUGUGUUUGAUGAACCUGCAAUGGGUUGGGCUCGAUAUGCUCAUACUAUGAGGAUAUGGGCUUACAACUCUGGUUUCUUUUACAUAAGGCCUACACUUCCUUCAAUUGAAUUGUUAGAUAGAGUGGCUAGUCGGCUUUCUAAGGAUCCAGACUCAUGGGACCAAGCAGUGUUCAAUGAGGAGCUCUUUUAUCCUUCACAUCCUGGGUAUGAUGGGCUUCAUGCUUCCAAGAGAACUUUGGAUUUCUAUCUUUUUAUGAACAGUAAGAUUCUUUUCAAGAUGGUUAGGAAAGAUGCAAGACUUAAAAAGCUGAAGCCAGUUAUUGUUCAUGUAAAUUACCACCCAGAUAAACUUCCAAGGAUGAAUGCAAUAGUAGAUUUCUAUGUUAAUGGCAAGCAAGAUGCACUAGAACCUUUCCCAGUUGGUUCUGUUUGGCAGAAAAAAUAGAACUACAUAAUAUCUACUCCUUACCAUUGGAUGAUGCAGUUGUUCAAUUCUUUGUAUCACUCACUGGAUAAAGAUCGACUAGUUUCAUUUCACCUUCUGAGAGCCAUAGGAAGUAUCCUUUGAAAUGCUCCCCUUGAAUUUCCAUUUAAA